AUGGUUAAUUUAGCAAUAUUAACCAAGUUUAAUCCAACAAUAUCAUGCUUUAAAGGAGUUUCAUUAUUGUUAUUAUGUACAAAUCCAAGAAUAAAGCUUAUAUUAUGUGAAGGUAACACAAAAGUGUUAAAAGGGCGUACAAAAAUCAAAGCAGGAGAGAUCAUGUUUGAGUUCCCGGAUUGUGUAGUUUGUCACGCAGACUCCUUCAUUCUAGGCCGUCCGAUCCCAGUCCUAGCAAUCCACGACUACCUCGUGGCUGGCCGUACAUACUUCGUCCUCCCCCUUGACCGCCUUCCUCGUGGUGGACCACCCCUCUCCACGGCCUCCUUGCAGUCCCUCUCAACUCCUUCUCCUAACAACAACGGUAACAGUAACAAUAUUAUUAGUAGUUGCCCUAGUAAAAGUAACAAUAAUUAUUGUAAGUUGUUUAGUGGUGGUAAUGACAAUGGUAAUAAGAGUCCUUUUGAGUAUAUUAAGGAUAAAGAUGGUAGAGUACUUAUGAUUAAGGUUGUACCUGAGUUUAUUACUAGGAUAAUUAGUGCUAAUAAUAACAGUCCAUCUACUAGUCCUAAUAAUAAUACACUUAUAUGUACCACACCGGAGUUGCAAAAACAAUAUGAACAACUUGUUAGGGCUAAAGAUCAAGGAUGGUCUCCAAAACUCGAAACGAUUUCCGAGCACAAGAUGAGAGCUUCUCCUUCUAAGUUAUUGAGGUUGGAAUGGAUACAAAUCAAGCAAAAAUAA